GCAUCUGCGCUGGGGAGCGGAUGGUCCGGGACUGAAUGGGCAAGAGCGGGGCCCUCGGGACAGGCGGGGGCGCGGGGCCCGGGACUGGCUACCGGCCGGCGCCCCCUCCCUAGUAUGCGGACCAAGGCGGCGGGCGGCGCGGAGCGGCGUCCCCUGAAGCCGCGAACCGAGGCGGCGGUAGCGGCGGCGGCACCUGCCGGCCAAGCAAUGCCAGGGGACUAUCGCUGUGUGAAACUGCGAAGCGAUCGCUCGAGAUCCUCCCUGCAAUGGUACACCCGCGCUCAAAACAAGAUGAGAAGACCCAGCUUGUUGUUAAAAGAUGCCUUCAAGUGUAUAUUGCUUGUGUUUGGAGUAUGGAUCCUUUAUAUCCUCAAGUUAAACUAUACUACUGAAGAAUGUGAUAUGAAAAAAGUGCAUUAUGUGGACCCUGACCGCGUAAAGAGAGCUCAGAAAUAUGCUCAGCAAGUCUUGCAAAGGGAAUGUCGACCCAAGUUCGCCCAGAAGUCAAUGGCACAGCUGUUUGAGCACAGGUACAGCAUGGACUUACUGCCUUUUGUGAAGAAGGCUCCCAAAGUGAAUGAGGCCGAGUACAAGUACGAUCCUCCUUUUGGAUUCCGGAAGUUCUCCAGCAAAGUCCAGACCCUCUUGGAACUGUUGCCUGAGCAUGAUUUUCCUGAACACUUGAAAGCAAAGAGCUGUAGGCGUUGUGUGGUUAUCGGAAGCGGAGGAAUACUCCACGGACUAGCCCUGGGCCAUGCCCUGAACCAGUUCGAUGUUGUGAUAAGUGGAGGUGAGCCAUUUUGGGUGCGACUCUUCUUUUGGAAGCAAGUGGCAGAGAAAAUCCCAUUACAGCCAAAACAUUUCCGGAUUUUGAAUCCAGUCAUUAUCAAAGAGACCGCCUUUGACAUCCUGCAAUAUUCAGAGCCUCAGUCAAGGUUCUGGGGCCGAGAUAAGAACGUCCCCACAAUUGGUGUCAUUGCCGUUGUCUUAGCCACACAUCUAUGUGAUGAAGUCAGUUUGGCAGGCUUUGGAUAUGACCUCAAUCAACCCAAAACACCUUUGCAUUACUUUGACAAUCUCUGCAUGGCUGCCAUGAACUUUCAGACCAUGCAUAACGUGACAACGGAGACCAGGUUGCUCCUAAAGCUGGUCAAAGAGGGUGUGGUGAAGGACCUCAGCGGAGGCAUCCAUUUGCACAUAGAGCUCCAGGUAAUUAAGUAGAAGAAGGGAAGUCAGAAUGCUGCAUCCUGGUCCUGGUCCUCUGUGUGGUGGGAGAGAUGUCGGAGGUACUUCCAGGAUGACGUGCUCAUUUGCAAAACUGCAGGUACUGGUUCAGCCAAGCUGCAGUGAGGCCUGAGCUGGUUGGAGAAGUUUAUGGUCCUUCUCCGCUGGUCUGCCUCCUGCCAGAAUUCUUGCAGGAAUCAAGCAGGGGAACUGUCCUGGAGGUCUCUGGUCCGGGUGAGGCACCGAAGAUGUUUCCCGUGUCCUCUCAGUACUGCUAAUUGCCCUGGGUUGCAGAAGCCACUGUCUUCCCUGCAAGUAUGACAACUCUUGAAUUUCUUGAGAGUUUUUUACUGCCCUUCCAAAGCACUUAAAUGUUAAUCUAAGGUGUCUACUGUCUGUCAGAGGUGGCUUAAAAAAAUUAGGACAAAACCUCUGUUAUGCAGUCGUGAAAGUAUAAACUCUUUCCAAGAAUAACCACGUUUUCUGAAACACUGAAAUGAAACCCUCCCAGUGUUAUAAAUUACAUACUUAAAAAAACCUUUUUUUUUUAAUUGCUGCCUGGCAGUAUGUACCAGGCAGUGUGCUGGUCAAAAAAAAAAAAAAAAAAAAAAAGAAUAAAAGUUUUUGAGGAGCUCUCACAGUAUUGUUAAUUUGAGUGCUUUUCUUCUUUUUUAUUUUUUUCCCCUAAGAAAAUAAGUUUAUAAGUCUACCUGAAAUGUCCUUGAAUGCUGCUAGAUGAAGACCUCACUGUAGAUGCCAGCAGUGAGGGACUGAGAAUGAAAGCUGCAUUGUCUCGUAAGGGGCUUCUUCCCAGACAGCUGUGAACUCUGCUGGAGAGACGUUGGGUGCUGGUGGCUUCUUCCCAGCGAACAGGCUUGUUCUAGCUUCUGUCUCUUAAUUGCUCUCAACUUUGCUGUCAGCUGCGUCUCUGUGUUGCUCCUGCUGCUGCCCCUCCCUCAAUUUUCAUUUCUCUUAACUGUUUCUGCAGCCCCAGUGCAGUUCUAACUCCCAGCCCAUUUUGUCUUCCAUGCCUGCCGCCACCUCCACACAUGCAGGUCAGGGAACCAGGUCAUAGCAUUCAAACAGAGUCCCUUGGAUCUCCAGGGCUCUGGGGUCAAGCUCAGAGUGGCCAACCUAACAAAAUAAUAUUUUUCUGGUUUUGUGUCUUAACAUUUUCUAUGGAUUUUGCUUUCUGCUUUAUAAGCUACUGUCUAAGAGAAAAUGCUUUAAAAAUUCUCUCCAGUUAAAUGACUGAGUUUUAAAGAUUGAGACUCACUCAGGAAGAUGGUCCAGCACUGUCUUGUGACUAAGGUAAGGCCAGGCCUUUACCACACACCUCCAGUCGCUCCCUCGUCCUUCAGGGGCUGCUGGAAGCCUGCAUUUUUUUCAAAAAAAAAA